AGUGGUACCCUGGCUGCUGGUGGGGUGAGGAGGAGGCGGGACCGGGACUGAUGGAGGAAAGGGAAGUGACUGUGCGUGAGGGCUGAUCCGUGAUGAUGGGUGACCACGCAGGUGGAGGAAGCUGUCUUCCGUGUUACUGAACCCCUCACAGAUCAGAAGAUGACGGCGUUCUCCCGGUUUUUCCUGCUGCUUCUCUAUGUAAAUAGCUUUUUUAUGAUCAGCGCUGAACACGUGCUGCCUGAACUUACCACUGAUGACUAUUCCGACAGCCUGGCGCCCGGGAAGAGUUCACUGCUGUAUUUUAGCGGCUCAGAUCGUCCCGGUAAUGUCAUAUUCCUGGAAGAAUUACAGAAGUCAUCCAGCGUUCUCCAGGACUACGGGAUUUCCGUAGCUAAGGUUCGCUGUGUCAAGGAGGCGGCGCUACGAUUUUGUGCAGAGGACAAGGCCUAUUUAUUCAGGGGAUCCAAAUUAUUGCGGGAAUUCCCCGCGGAUACGCUGUUUGAUGUCAACGCCAUUGUCGCCAAUGUUUUAUUCGUUCUCCUAUAUAACAAAGUCAAGUACAUCACCUCCACCUUGGAACUCCAGAAAUUAGAAGACGCUACGAAAGGGAAGAAGAACAUUGUUUUCACUUACGUCCGGGCGAUCGGAACGCCAGAGCACCGUUAUGUCAUGGAAGCCGCUUUUGCACAUGGAUCCACGCACCAGUUUGUGGUAACCACAGAGAGCAAUGUGCUGAAGAGCAUGAGCCCUGAAGACCCCAGCCUCAUAUCGGCAAGACUUGUGUUCAUCCAUUGUAAAUCAGUGACGAGGGCCGAUCAGAAAUGUCAGCGAACGUUGUCAGACCAGCCCCUGACCACGAUCCAUAUCCAUCGCUUUCUGAAACUCAUGGGGCUCCCUCUAGUGGUUGAGGUUUCCGACGAUCCUGAUAAAUUUAGCAGCGUUCACCUCCAGCUGGGAUUACCUGUCAUCUUUAUUCUGAGUCAGCAAGAGACCUAUGAAGUUGACAUGGAGACGGCGGAGGACGUGGCCUGGCAGCUACAGGGGAAAGCCGGCGUGGGCGUAGUACAGAGGGAGAAGUCCGGGAUAAACAUUCCUGUCGCUUACAACGUGGCUGUGAAGAGACCAGAUGAAAACUCACCGGUAAAGUACCUGAAGUUGAAAGAGACUCAGCAGAUCUUAGACCUCAUACAUGUGUCUAAGGAAGAGCAGCCUGAGAAGCCCGAAGAAAGUCAUGGUGAUCCAGGGGUCCAGGAUGAUGAGGUAGCGAGGGACGUAUACAGGAACAGAAGGCCCGUCCUCCCGCUGAAGCUGGUUCCCUCCCUGACAGAUGACACAUUCAAGACGGUCUUCUCCAGCGCGCGCCCCACGGCCGUGCUCUUCUACAUGAUCUGGGAACACAUUUCCAUAAUUCUUCUUCAGUUCUUUCAAGAGGUGGCCGAGAAGUAUAAAGGGAUCCUGGAGGUGUCUUUGGCCGCAGUGAAUUGCGCUGACUGGACAGUUGUCUGCACCGAGGAGAAGAUCACGCAGUUUCCCUCAGUACGGAUUUACCAGGCAGGGCAGGAGCCGGUCCUGUACCAGGGCAUGAUGGGCACCGACGAACUGGCAAGGUUUCUCAUACUGUUUCAUCUGGAAUGUCCCCGUCAGUUACAUACCGUGGAAGAAGCGGAAGGCUUUAUAAGUGGGGCGAUGCACACGUCACUACUGCCCUAUCACAACACGUCAAUACUGGGAAUAUUUACCAUUGAUAUGAAAGAAGGAGCAGCUGAAGAUUUCAUUAGGGCCGCAAGACACCUAAGAGGUUCUGCAGUAGUGGGAAUUUACACUGGAGAAUCCGCCUCAGUCCUGGCACAGCAGUAUGGCGCGCCUCCCCCCGCCAUCUUGUUUUCCAGACGCUCCUCGCAGAAAGUCCACGCCGUCUCCAUCCACAACGCUCCUCCCGCAGAUGAAAUCCUUCCACUUCUAAAAUGGGAGCUUCUUGGAGAGUUUCCGGAGGUCACCGUGGAGUCACUCCCCGCCCUGAUGAAACGCCAGAAGCCCCUGCUCAUCCUCUUCUCCGAUGGCGUCCCCAACCCCCGCACCGAAAAACACAUCUCGAGUUUGGUGAGAGGGAAAUACCUGGAGCAGUAUGUGACCUGCUGGUUAAACGUGAAGAACACCCCGGCGGGUCUCCUUGUACUGAAGACGUAUUUCAGUGUAAUCCCACCUUUGCCUCAGCUCGUCCUGAUCUCGUUUGAUUCACAGGGACAAGUCUUUGCUCUUCCCGUCGAUCAGCAGAUCAGUGAAGUCAGUAUAUUAUAUUGGCUGGAAAUGGUAAAAGCCGGAGAGGAAGUUCCCGUCUACUUUCUGUCUAAAGAUGAUUGGGGGCCUCCCCUUCCGCACUACGAUUUCCUUGCCAUGAUGGACGAGGUCGACCCCAACUUGGCUGCGCAGAAAAUUCGGAUACGCAUGAAAUCCGCCAGAAGUAAAAAAGCCGAACUGUCCACCAAAGAGGAGAAACGACAAAGUACAAGUCUGCGCAGAACUAUACCAAAAUUCAUAGACGGUGAAGAAGAAUCCGGUCGUCACGAGGAGCUUUGAACAAAGUCUAAUUUGGCCACAUUUACCAGGGAGUACUGCUGGAAAAUCAGGCUACUCGCCGCCAUGCUUUACAUGGCAGCUGUGCUUUCUCACCAGGAUCUCACUGAUCGUCGCUGUGAAAUUACACAGCAGUCAGUGCUGAAGAAAGCAAACCUCAGGUAAGCAAUGUCCAUGGAGAAGUGCAGUACAUGUAUAUAUUCCAUGGGGUGCAGAGGUAGCUGGUGCGCCCGGGCCCUGGUGCCUGAGGGGGCCAAACACCCUGAACCCACAUAAGAAGAAACCAGUGUUAUAAAUGAUGCAUGAUAGGCAGGGGCCCUAUUACAGACUGUCAUUGGGGCCCAUGUGAUGCCACUGCAUCAACAGGAAAACCUGUCCCCCACACGGACUGUGUCUUUGUAUC